CAUCCAGAGCAGACUAGCAGACCACAUUAUUGACAGUGACAGCGUGUUCACAACUUCGGCUCGCUAGCUGCCAGCACAAAGAGAAUACUCCACUGAGCUCCACAUUGCCCUACUCCUGGCUUAAAUAAAGGCUCUCUCUCUCUCUCUCUCUCUCUCUCGGUUCACUGUGGGAUUAUAAAACCAGACCAAGGAUUUUCUUACCCUACUGUCAUUGUUUUUGGCUGUUCUGUAUCAAGUCGAAUUCCUUUUGAAGUCUUGUCGUACAUUCUUAAAGCCAUCAUGAUGGAGACACAUGCACCACAUGGAGACACGCCGGACCCAGAUGCAAUCAAAAUGUUUGUCGGUCAGAUACCGCGCACAAUGAAGGAGGAGGAGCUUAAAGAAUUUUUCGAAAAGUUUGGCGACGUCUACGAGUUAAAUGUAUUACGAGACAGAAACAAAGAGAAUGAAAGCAAAGGUUGUUGUUUUGUGACUUACUACACACGUCAAGCCGCCAUAGAAGCACAGAAAAAGCUACAUAAUGUCCACAGGAUGCCCCUUAUGAAGAACCCAAUUCAGAUGAGACCGGCAGAUAGUGAAUCUAGAAACGUAGAAGACAGAAAGCUGUUUGUUGGUAUGGUAUCAAAGAAUGCAACGGAGAAUGAAAUCAGGGUUAUGUUCUCGGCGUACGGCACAAUCGAGGAAUGUCAUAUAUUGCGGGAAAGUGAAAAGAGCAAAGCAAGCUGUGCCUUCGUAACAUUUUCAACAAGACAGAGCGCCCUCAAUGCGAUUGCAGCACUGCACCAAUCAGUGACAAUGGAGGGCUGCACUUCAAAGCUGGUCGUGAAGUUUGCCGACACAAUAAGAGAGAAAGAACAGAAACGGAUUCAGUCCAUGAACCAGGCACUGAACAGCGGUCUUGCAAACAACUUCAGUAGCCAGUACUUUGCGGAUCGACCCAUGGCAAGCCCCUUGGAGCAGGUAGCUUCUAUACAGAUGUUAGUGAACCUUAUGCAAAAUGCAACCCAGACAGGAAAUUUCGGAGCUCUGAACGGCAUGCAACAAUUAGCAACGUUGGCGAGUCAGAAUACGAGCGGGGCAGGCGUCGCUGCAGCAGCGGCAGCAGCGGCAGCGGCAGCUGCAGCCAACCAGUCAUUACAAGGAAUGGGAAAUACAGCCAAUCAGGGUCUUUUGGAAGAACCAUUGUUUUCAUUCAAGGACCAAACAGAGCAUUCAUUGGCAGGCGGUACCCUGUAUAAGAGUGCUAAUUCCUCAGGCGCCAACCGUACAGGUAAUAGUUCAUUUGGCAACCAAGGAGGACCUGGUUCCUAUGGCAACCAGAGCGCUAAUGGUUCCUUUGGCAACCAGGGAGGGAAUGAUUCCUAUGGCAACAACCAGCCCGAUACUAGCUCCUUUAGCAACCAAGGCGCUAGUGGUACUAGUGGUGGCCCCUUUAUGGGAGGAAUGCAGUCUGGAACUCAAGGCACAGGCUCAAGCGCGGCAAACACUAGCAAUAUCUCAGGACUGUUGGGCCUACAAGCAUUAAAAGGGAUGUAUCCCUCCCCGACAGCUGUCACUGCACGUUCCGCUCUUCUUCAUGAACCCCAAACACGAGCCAUGAUGGGUAACACUGGUUCCUGCAUGUCAGGGAUGGGGUCUGGAUUUGGACUCGGUGGAAUGUCAGGUUCGGGCAUGGGCAGUGGUGGAAUGAGUGGGAUGAACGGGCUCGGCUCUGGGUCCGCUUUCGGAGGUGGCCUUGGAACGGGAAAUUCGAGCACGCCUGGACUGGACUUUAAUGCUUUGACACAAGCCUACUCAGGAAUCCAGCAGUAUGCAGCACAAUUCUCAAAUGGUUUUGGAGCAAAUUUCCAGCAGCAGACACUUAAUACGAAGCAGAAAGAAGCUGUGACGUAUCCUCAAACUGCAGGGCCCGAUGGCGCCAAUCUCUUCAUCUACCACCUUCCACAAGAGUUUCAAGACUCUGACUUACUACAGGCCUUCGCCCCCUUUGGUACCGUGGUCAGCGCCAAAGUAUUCAUCGAUAAGAAUACAAACCUCAGCAAGUGUUUUGGCUUUGUAAGCUACGACAAUCCAGUUGCAGCGCAAGCCUCAAUCCAAGCUAUGAAUGGUUUCCAGAUCGGAACCAAACGCCUUAAAGUCCAGCUGAAGCGAUCCAAGGACAAGCCCUACUAAGUUAAAAGCACACGGCUGCCACACAAUUUGCAAUAUAUUAGAUCACUUCUUCUGAUUCUGUCCAUUGCUGUCACGUUCCAAGUGUGACCGUUGUCUCAAGUCCUGACCGUGUAAAAUGCUUGUGUUCUACCCCCGGAUAAACCAUCUUCUUGUUGUGGCGUCACGUUGUCUCAAAUUAAUAAUUAAAAAAAACGUCCACAUUUGCGUCUAAAGUUCUCACCGCUUUUGAUGUCCUACUCGUGGUGUUGUUGCGUCAUGUCUGCUAUCAAUGUGUAAACCAUCAAGGGUGUUGUUUAAUGCAGAAUGUGACUACAAAUAACCAGGGAAUUACCCCCUGAAAAUCAUAAGUUUUAUUCGAUGGGUUUAGAAGGAGCCACUGUACUUUGGAAAAUUCUGCCCUUCGGUGACGAUUAGUGUAUUUUGCGGGCUCGAUCAGAUUUAUUCACCAGAUCACUGUCUGAAUCAAGUUUUUAGGGGUUGAUGGCAUUAUUUUUUGGAAUCGUUCAUCACAGGGCAGAAUCAUCUGAAUACAAUCGGUGAAUCUGAGCUGAUCGUCUUAAAAUAAGAAGAGAGAAACAUUUAUAUGUAGCUAGGUGAACUCUGGGGAUCAUUUGGGGGUUCGUCAUGGAACUCUUCAUGUACUGGUUGUGAUUCUAGCUUUUUGCAGAAAGUCAUGAUUGAUUAUUUAUUGUUUGAUUUAUUUGUUGUGUGCACAGCACAGGACCAAGUGGUUUGUCGGAAACCGGAUCAGUUUGUUUAAAAAAUCACCAAAGUCUAGUUUCCUAUUGUAAAGUUUACUCAGCUCUUUUUACCUGUUGAAGGCGAUAAAAUUAGGGGGGGGGGGUCAAGAAUGGGCGAAUGAAGAGAUUUGUGAAAUAGAACAGAAUGAACUAAUUUUGUAAGGUUUGAUAUUUUCACUGAGUGGACAUGAUUUGGGCCACAACAAGGUUACCCAAAUAUAUGCAAUCAAUGUUUUGGAUUUUUGGGGUCCAGAGUAUAAGCAGAUUAGUUCAAAAUUAAGUCUCAUGUUUAAUUCAAGUAUUCGGACAAUACUCUGUAAGUCACAUCUUUGUACUGGAAACGUAAUCUCUGAUUUGAGGCAAAAUCCAUGAUCAUUGUUACUUCUGUCCACUUUUGGGGGAAGAAACACCGUCAUUUUCACUGUCUUGUCUCAAUGUUGUCUUCAGAGAAUCUGUAUAUAAAUAAACAGAAUAUGAAAUUGUGUAAAAAAUAAAGAAUCGGUAGAUUUAGGAAUUGAAAGCAAUGCGUUGCCACGACAACAUUGUACAUAAAAUGUUAACAGACACCGUAUCUAUGUUGUAAUGUUACUGCAGUUUUCAAAUGUUUUGUGUGCAUUUCAAAAAAAUUAUAAAGCGUCACUUAAAAACGGAUGUCCCGUUUGUGAUCAUUUCAAAGAAAUUUACCCCUUUUUUCAGAGAAUUUUUUGAAGAAGUGAUCAUUUGAAUUCUAAGAAUGUAGGAAUGUUUUGUGUGUCAUGUUUGGUUAGAAAUAUAAUUGCUGUGUUUGAAGUGUUCUCAUUUCAAGUAGUGCUCAAGACUUAUUCCCCAAUUGAUGAUAUUUUUUAUAAAAGUCCAUAAAGAAAUUCAUUUGAAAGUAUAAAACCAUAUUUUGAAAACCUUGGUUAAUAAUUUGUCAUGCUUCAAAAAGAUGAAAGAAAUCAAUCUAAAAUAGACUUUUAAGUGAACUUUUUUAUUAUUAUUAAUGUAGCAAGUAGUACAUAAAUCAAAAUCAAAGAUUUUUAUUUUAUUGAUUUU